CUGGCUGGAUGGCCAAGCGAGGAAGAGCUCAAUUUGUUGUUUCUCAUACUCAUUUUUGUGUGAAAUCCUUUUGGUUUCUUUAUGGGCAGCGACAUCAGUAAACGCAGUAAGAGGGAGGGAGCAGCAGCUCAGCGUCGACUCAGUCAUGGGUUCCUCUCAGACAUGGGGGGCUCCAUCACACACAGACUGGGACACUCAGUGGUGUAUUCUGGGCCUGUGGGAAAGGAGAGCAGAGCGCCCGUCCCCACACUACUGCUGCCUCCAGAGGACACAGAGACGACUCAUCCAGCUUCCAUCUCUGUCUUUCUGCCUGAGUUCCCACAGCGUGGACUUCCUGGACGAGACCACUUCCAGAUCCUGGGCUUCAUAGCCAAAGGCUCAUAUGGACCCAUCCUGAAAGUGAAGGACAUUACCAAAGAGAAGACCUAUGCUGUUAAGGUUCUACCAAAGUCCGACAUCUUGAAGCAUGGAGUGCUGGAGCAGUCAAAAGAAGAAGUCAUCAUUCAGCGGCAGAUCAAACACCCAUUCAUCCACAAUCUGCAGGACUGCUGGCAGACACAGCGCCAUCUCUUCAUUAUGUGUGACUACUGCAGCACUGGAGACUUGUACACUUACUGGUUACUGAAGGGCCGGUUUGGGGAGGAUGUGGUUCGGCUUUUUGCUGCAGAGCUGGGCAGUGCGCUGGGAUUUCUGCAUGACUUAGGGAUCAUACAUAGAGAUGUAAAGAUGGAUAACAUUCUUUUAAGUGAUCAAGGCCACCUUCGUCUGUCUGAUUUUGGACUCUCGCGGCGGCUGAAACGAGGAGGAAGGGCAUUUACCAUAUGUGGGACCAUCCAAUACAUGGCUCCUGAAGUUUUAAGUGGGGGUCCGUACAACCACGCUGCGGACUGGUGGUCUUUUGGCAUUAUGUUGUUCUCACUGGUGACAGGAGAGUUUCCAGUACCUGCAGAGCCGGACCACAGCACCAUGUUGAACACGGUCACAGAGUUUCCUUAUGUCCUACCUGAGACCUUCAGCUCUGCUCUGAUCUUACUGCUCACCGAGCUUUUGUGCAAGAACCCACUGAACCGGCUUCGUAACCUGGAGUGUUUCAAGAUGCAGGCCUUCUUUCGUGGCACUUCAUUCGACUCUCUCAUCCUUCAAAAGAUGCCUGUUAAAGUCAUCCUGGAGCUCAGGACUCAUCCUGAUUGGACAUCCAAAGCAACGAGAGGCCUUUCAUUGGACUACUUUGCUAACUUUGACUGCGAUAAAAUCCUUCAUUCUCCGACAUCUCCCACUGAACUGUCUCCUACGUUGGCCAACAUGGACCUGAGCCCAGCUACAGAGCAAGCUUGUAAAGCAUAAGACUGGACUAUGUUUCUGAGAAGAAGUUGACUGGAAAUGAGAAACUCUGCAAAUAAUGAAUAUUUCUCUGAUACACAUCACAACGUCUUAGACUUUGCUUUUAUAUUUUUAUAGUGUGGGAAAGUUGUCUUUUCCUCUGAAUUAACCAUAUUUACAGAUGUGUAACCUGCUGUGUUCCUGCAGCCAACUGGCUUAUUAUUUCAACCACGUUCUGCUCCAUUUUUAUUGCUGUCAGUAUAUAAUAAAGCAAAGUUGAAGGGUACCUUUUAAAUGAUUAUCAUUAUUUGUUGUUUAUUUAUCGAUAAAUGGACAGUAAUAUUCUGGCAGCAGCUUGGCCUGUAAACUACUGGUAAUUCACAGUAAGCAUACUGUUUUUAAAUGUUAAGGUAUUUUACUGUAACUACACGUAGACAUUUCUUACCGUAUUAUUCAAAUUUACAGUAAUAUACUGGCUGCAGUGUAAUUCCCGCCUUUUCCUUUAUUUUCCCAAGAUGCAUUGGUAUUAACAGUAAAUACCUGUAAUCAGUAACAUUCGCAGAUAGUGCUGUAAUAUUAUUAUUUUCUCCCAGAAUGCAUGGCCAUUUACAGUAUGAUCCUGUAUGAGGUUAAGUAAGAUACUGUGAGAUUUUAGCUGUACAUUUACGUCACAGCUUUACAGUGUGUCAGAUCAUUUCAAGAGGUUUAUCCUUACAUUUUGAAAUGAAACUUUUGUAAGCAAACAUUUUGCACUCUUUGGUACAGUUAUGAUCUAUGAGCUACUCUCACAUGCACUUGUAUUAAUUGUUUGAAUAUUACCUUAUCACCAAAAGCAGUCAUUACAAAUGCUGAAAUACUAUUUAUGUGCAUCUUCAUUAAGAGUAGUCAUUAAAUCCUGUGUGAAGUGUGAAUUGUGUUUUACUGUUUAAAUGGUGAAAAUAAAACUUAUAUUAUUA